UCCGAUAGUUCAGGCCGCUUAUAUCACAAUAUAAACAGAAACAAUGAGAGACACGUGUAUGUGGAGACCGAUUUUGUGCAACGUUUUUCUUGGUUUAACUGUAUUUUUUGGCAGAGUCAACUCUGUUGAUGAGAAGAAUGCUUUAGAAUUACAAAGAGACGUACAGCAAAAUAAAUAUGUCCUCGUCAUGUUUGUAAAUGGAAAUAAAGAAGACAGUCAGAAAGCCUUGGCUGAAUUAGAACAGAUACAGACACCAGACCUUUAUGAUCAAGAGGUACUAAAGGUGACGUGUAAUGACCAGACCUUGGCUGGAAGCCUUGGGGUGAAGUCUCUCCCACAGAUCGUGUUCUACCGGGACAAAGUCCCCGUCCUGUACGAUGGGGACCUGACAGCACCUGCAAUACAGAUGUGGGUAGAUCAGGCAAAGGAAGUAAAUCUUCAAAGUCUAGAUGACUCUUCUUUUGAACAUCUAACACAGGCAUCAACAGGUGCUACAACUGGGGACUGGCUGGUCAUAUUUUACAAAGACUCCUGUAAAGAAUAUUUACCUGCAAUAGAAGGGACGGGUGUUCUGGUCAGGCAGAAGAUGAACGUGGCUCAAGUGAACAUAGAGGACAGCCCUGAGACUGCCAAAAGAUUUAACAUCAAGAGUUGUCCUGAAACUUAUUUAUUCCAUCAUGGUAAAAUGUAUUCCUACAUCUCCGAUAAACCAGAUGUUUACAGAGUUAAGUCCCUUGUCUCCUUUGUGACUUCCUGGUAUAAAAAUGUAGAGGGCCGCAAAGUACCAGUUAUACCCACGGCAUUUGAUAAAUUAACAGAAUCUAUAGCAGAUUAUUUAAAGGAAAAAUUACAAAACCCACAAGGAGGCAACUUCCUGUUGAUAGGUGGCGCUGUGAUGGCAGUGGUGGCUUUUGUUUUGGCAGUAGUUGUGGCAACAUGUUCAAGGAAUGCAAAAAAGCAUGACAAACAGGAAUAACUCUUUUCAAGUACUUAAUCUUGUUAGAGGUGUUAAAUUUUCUGUUUUGUAUUUAUAUUUUUUUUAAUGCAAGAAAGAGUGAGAGAUAAAUGGGUUAUGUCAGUAAUAUCUGUUUGCAAAAGACUUAAAAAUUCUGUUGGGCAUUCAUUUUGUUAUGAAAACUGCAAUAGAAAUAAAUCUGGAAAAUGGCA